AAUAAAUGUCCUGAUUGUCUCUCCGUUCGGCGUUCCCUCUUCCUCUGCGGUUCGAACAGUACACGAAUUUCUCUCGCUCUCUCUCUCUCCACCGCCAUUACCUUGUGAACCGACCUUGAUAUACAUACCCAUUUCGCUGCGCGACUCUAUUGCUCUAUCUCUCUCUCUCUCUCUCUCUAUCACAUGGACCCCCAACUUCUCUUCACUCAGGCACCCUAAAACUGUCUCAAUCUCUCUCUACUAUCUCAUCACUGGCAUAAAAUGCACAUCUUGAUGGAUAAUUUUAAACACCGGAAGAUGUAUGAGGUGCAGGAUAUCAGUGUGGAUGAAGAUCAAAUCAGCAAUUUACCUGACUGUAUUCUUCAUCAUAUCCUCUCAUUUCUUCCUACAAAAGAUGUUGUUGCAACCUGCUUAUUGUCGACAAGAUGGAAGUAUCUGUGGAGCUCUGUUCCAAUUUUGGAUUUUGAUGAUUCAUUGUUGUAUUCAAGUGAGGUGAAUGAUUUGUAUCCACCUGAGAUGACUUGUUUCAUGAAUUUUGUCGAAAGGGUGCUUCUUUUUCAUGAUGGAUCAAGUAUGAAAAAGUUCCGCCUCUCAUGUCGAGUUUGCUUCAAUGCAUCUCGUAUUCAUGCAUGGGUUUCUGCUGCAAUCAAGCAAAAAGUUCAAGAGCUUGACCUUUGCCUCUUUGUGGAAGAGCCUUUUAUAUUGCCCUGUUGUGUUUUUUAUUGUGAAUCACUUACAGCUGUUAAAAUAGAAAUGAAUUGUGUCCUUGAACUUCCUACAUGUGUUUCAUUUCCACGACUUAAAACCUUGUAUCUUGCUCUUGUUACUUUCUUGGAUGAUGACUCGACACAAAGACUAUUAUCUAGCUGCCCUGUCCUUCAGGAAUUGACUAUAUUAGACUGUGAUUGGAUGAAUCUGAAGCGCAUUUCUGUUUCUAUUCCCACGCUGAAGAGCUUGACAAUAGAUGACCUACCGUACUUUGGAUCAGCAGAUGAACUAAAUGGCUGUCAGAUCAAGAUUGAUGCAGCAAAUCUGAUAUUUUUGACGUACAGUGGUUAUCUAUUAAAUGAGAUUUUCCUCUUUAAUCUAUCUUCAUUGGUCAAUGCAUCGAUUUACGUUCCAAUUAUGUGUGAGAGGCAAAAAGAAAUUGCUUAUCGUGCAGUUAACCUGCUAAGAGGGUUGAAUAGUGUUAAAUCUAUGAGAAUAUCUACUGGUGCCAUCGAGUCUCUUUUUCUUGCAGAUAAUGUGCUGGAUCAUCUUCCCAUAUUUCAGAAGUUGACAUAUUUAGAGUUGAGUGUGGAAAUUGAAAAGCACAUUGUCAAAAAAUUGAUGAACUUGCUACAAUACUCACCAAAUCUGGAGUCUCUUGUUUUUGCUGAGGGAUUUAACCCUCGUGUGUGCUUUGGUGAGGAUGAUUGGAUUUUGAAACCGGUACCUAAAUGUUUUUUGGCCUGCCUCAAGUCAGUGAGCCUUCAUAAUUUUCACUGGAAUUGUACCGAAGUGUGUUUCCUAAAUUUUUUGCUGAAAAACACAUUCGUUUUGGAGAGGCUGAAUAUUUUUUGUUCCAAGAGUCUAUUUGGAGAUGCAAAGGAGCAAAAAGAGGUCAUCGAUCAGCUGCAAAUGCUACCUAGAGUAUCCACAAGUUGUGUAAUUAUGUUCUCGUGAAAGGAGCCAUGGGUGCAGUCCUCCAUAAUAGUAGCAGUUUUAUUUGGUAAUACAGUUUUAUGUAGCUGUGAUGAUGAUGCGGGUUUUCUACGCAACGAUGAAGCUCAAUAUCAAGGAGUUGAUGCUCUUUUUGGCCAAAGCUUCAGCUCUCAAAGCAGUUUUCCAUUAGAUAUCAUCAUCUGGUGGCAUUGGUUAAUUUUGCGGCUUUCAUUAUUGCUGCUUUUUGGAACAGCUUGAAGAGCCCGGUUGAGAUAAUUAACUUUGUAAAGUUGUCUAUAAUAGUAGGUUGACAUAUCGACUUAUAUUGUAUACUUAUACAGAUAGGCUGGGUACAUGUACUGGUUGCUGGAACUCAAGAGUGUUCUUCCCUAAGAACUCUGUUGGAUUCAAGCAGCUGAUUUCAUUUCUAUUUUGGUUUGUAUUUAUAGAGUUAUGUUCCUGAACCCUAAAUCUGUUUUGCUAUAUUUAUUGACAUAAAUACAUGGUUGAAAAAACGGGUAGUGCUUACACUGUAAGAUGCACAUUCUA